AACCCGCGCCGCGGCUUCGGUGCCGAGUCUGUGCGGAGUGUCCGGGACACCGGGAACAUCGCUGGGGACUGUGGCACCGGGAAUAUCACACCGGGAACGGGAGCAUCACCGGGAGCGUAACCGGGAGCAAGAGCAUUACCGGGAGCGGGCAUCGCAUUUGUCGGCCGGGGGGAGCGGCUGUGGACGGAGCCGGUGUCGCGCCGCGACCGCUCGCUGUCCGGGGCCAUUCGGCCGCCGCCGGCCCGACUAGACACCGGCUGGCAGCGAGCGGCGGCGACGGCGUUGCCAUGGAGAUGGGCGGCGGGCCGAGGUGAGGCGGGAGCGGCGGCGGCGGCGGCGGGGACAGGCGGCGGCGACACAGAGCGCCGGGAGCAGCUAAUCGUGCUCCGCAACCUCAGCACGUCCUGUGCGUCCCCGUCACUCACUCCACACUCGUGCUAUUAAAAGUAGCCGCGUGUUGGCCCGGCUGCCUAUUUAUAAACCUGAGGGCUCGCCGACUGGCCGGGGCAAGUCAUGGAGCCGCCGCACUGUUUACUGAGCUGCCUGUGUGUCUUGCUGCUCCGACAUGGCUUGUGUCAACCAUACCUGCACCUCCGGCCGGUGCCCAGUGACAGCCUGCCCGUGCUGGACAUCAUCGAGCAGCCGGACCCAGACAGCGACCCGAAGGACAGCGACCUGGACGAGCGCACGCUGCGGAAACGGCUGGGAAGUCACUUCGACCCGGGCUUCAUGUCCAUCACUCUGCCCGACGCCGACCCCUCGGCGCCCCGAGACCCCGGCGGCCGCCUCAAGCCGCUGGGCGCGUUGCCCAACGACAUCAAGAGGCUGGAUGUGUCCGAGACGCCUUACGGCAGGAGGAUGAAGCUGGGCAAGAAGGCGCGGCGGAGGUUGCAACAGUGGCUCUGGUCGUAUACCUACUGCCCGGUCGUGUACACUUGGAAAGACCUGGGAGGCCGCUUCUGGCCGCGCUUUGUCAAAGAGGGGAACUGCUAUAACGAGAGGUCGUGCUCAUUCCCGGAAGGAAUGCUGUGUAAACCUGUCAAAUCCAUCAGCAAAACGUUCUUGAGAUGGUAUUGCCAGGGCUGGUCCAAACCGCGCUACUGCACAUGGAUACCUGUACAAUACCCAGUCAUUUCCGAGUGCAAGUGUACGUGCUGAUGCGGCGAACUCAUAAACAUGGUCUAUAGUAUAACAGCGCCGUUAGUCAAAUCUAUUUUUAUAUAUCGCAUCCUAAAGAAGCCCCUGCUUUGUAUCUAUAUAACACAGAGAUUUAACGUUGGCGAUCAUCGUGGAUUAUUUGAGGGGCAGCGAACGGACCAGACUCAGACCAGCCCAGAGGAGAGGGAAUAAUGGUGCACCUCCCGGCGCUUCUGGACUCUCGAUGCUGCCGAGAUAUUUUUUGUAAUAUAAUUAUUAUUAUAAAAAGUUGAGGUGAAGAUAUUACAGAGCUUAACUCAGCUUUCCAAUACAUAGAGUGUAGAUGAGUAAAAACGUGUCCAGUUAUUUAUUUCUUUACCGUUUGUUGAUAAUAACCUAGGCGAUAUCGUGGCAUUGGAGAUGUUUACUUGAAUAUACUUUCUAAAAAACAUAUCAAUGUAAAUAUAAUGGUUCACUGUUUUUAGCAAUAAAGUCUCAUCUUUGAAACAAA